UGUCGAGACAGUGGCUUGUUCUCAUGGUGGCCACCUUGGUGGCUGUCCUCCUCCCAACCAGAGUUCAGAGUGGCCAUGCCAGAGUAUCUUCCCCCCUUUCCAAGGGGGACAGCCAGAAGUUGAGCCUCAUUUUGGAGGCCCUUAACGAACUGGAACGUCAGCGGGUCCUGAAAAAUGUGGAAGCCCCUACGACUUCGUUCGUUAUGCAGCGACCCAAUAGCAAACGCUUGAGAUGGAAUCGACUCUCCAGAACUCUUCCAGAUCCCCAAGAACGCGACAGCGUCGAAGCUCGAGGGUGGCCCACUACCACCGGUUCCGUUUCCCUGCCCGCUGCCAACCCGGAUUACUUGAAUGUGGACAACUACCCGCCCACCCCAGCACCUUGGUGGUACAACUAAGCGAGGGACUAACCCACUCUUUACCUCCUUAAGUACUUUUUUUUUAGUAAUUAACUUAGUUUACCUUUAGUCUACACUAAUAUGUACAUUUCUCAAGACAUUCACCCAGCCAUUGCUGCCAAUACACAAUCCUGAGCUUUCGGCUUGGGCUCCGAGACUUUAACCAAC